AUGACCCGAAGUCACCCCCAAGGGUACUGUUUCCGGGCGGGCACAGAGGGUGGCAAGAGCAAGUGGCACAUCUACCUGCCGCCCGGCGUAUGGUGCAGCUCUGCCGCCGAGUGUGUCGCCAGGAGCAAGACGUCUCGCGGGAGCAGCAAGUUCUCCCCUGACAAGCUCACCAAGAAGCGGCGCAUUUUCCCGUCCUUCACAUGCAUGUUCAGCAGCAGCAGCAGGAUCAACCCGCCCUUCCACAACUGGAACACCGUCCGCCUCAUCUACUGCGAUGGGGGUGGCUACCAGGGCACAGCGGGCAGGCUGGAGGUUGGCAACGGCACUGUGCUUUACUUGGAUGGGUGGAAUAUUGUCCAAGCGGUGAUGGAGGAUCUCAAGUCCAAGCACAUUAUCCAAUCAGCGACGCACGUCCUCCUCUCGGGCACCUCAGCGGGCGGCCAGGCAGUCCUCUUUCUUUGCGAUCGCAUCGCUGCUGCCUUCCCCGAGGCCGCAACCAAGUGCGUGUGCGACUCGGGCUUCUUCAUUGCAGUUGUGAGUGGCCUUCCCCCAGGCAACACUGCAACGAACCCCCUUUGUCGCUCUCACCAUUGCCACUCUCACACCCUCCUUCCCUCCUACCGAAAAGGGGGGAUACACAUGGCUCGACCCUACUCCAAGGACUGGAAAGAGGGCAACACAUGGCGUGACACGAUCAAGAGCACGGCUGCUCUUGAAGCAUCUCAUGAGCGCUCUCACACCCUCCUUGAGCAUUGA